UUCAAGUUGGCGUACAACAUUGUCAUUUGCCAGUUUGUCGGGUUCAAUGUCUUUCAGUGGACAAUUCUUGCUGUGCUAUUUAAUGUAGUUGCUCUUGGAAAUGCUGAAACCGGGAGAUCCGAGCGGCUCUGCUUUUUUGAAAGUGGACCCGACUUACAUCCAGCACUGGCAGCAGCUGUUUCCUCAAGCACAACUGAAGAACGGCGCCCUUGCGCAACUCCAGGCGCCGGAGAGAGUCGCCAUCCCCGUGGAGAGCUUGAGGCAGCGGGCGAACCUCAUCUCCGCGCCGUCCGCCACCUCAUCCGGUCUGCCGUCGUCUUCCUCGUCCACCCACUCCUCUUGCGCGAGUUCGGCGGUGUCUUCACUAGCAGGUUUAACUCAACUCUCCGUGCCACAAAUAGCACUUUUUGGACAAACUCUGUGCACUGACUUGGUAACAGCUGACAGUAACAACAACAACUCGCAGUCGAAGGAACUUUGCUUGUCCUCGUCGAACUUCAAAAAUGAUAAAGGCUCCAAGUUCAAACUUACCUCGGAGGAGUUGGACUACUACCUCUACGGGCAGCAAAGGAUGGAGAUAAUUCCGUUGAACAAUCACACCGGCGACCAGACUAACCGCUGCGACAUGUGUGCGGACAACCGCAACGGCGAGUGCCCGAUGCACGGCCCCUUACACUCGCUGCGGCGUCUGGUGGGCACCAGCGGCACGUCGGCCGCCGCGCCCCCUCCCGACGUCCCCGAGUGGCUGCGGGACCUGCCCCGCGAGGUCUGCCUCUGCACCAGCACCGUGCCGGGGCUCGGCUACGGCAUCUGCGCGGCCCAGCGCAUCCCACAGGGCACCUGGAUCGGGCCCUUCCAAGGGGUGCCCCUGCUCCUGGACAAGGUGCAGUCGGGCCUGGCGAGGAACACCCGGCAUCUGUGGGAGAUCUAUGACCAGGAGGGAGGACUACAGCACUUUAUCGAUGGCAAUGAGCCAAGCAAGUCCAGCUGGAUGCGCUACAUCCGCUGUGCCAGACACUGUGGGGAGCAGAACAUGAUGGUGGUUCAGUACAGGUCGUGCAUUUUCUAUCAGGCGUGCAUGGACAUCCCUCGAGGGACGGAGCUCCUGGUCUGGUACAAUGACAGUUACACAUCGUUUUUCGGAAUACCUCUACAGUGUAUCGCACAAGACGAAAACCUGAACGUCCCGGCCUCCGUCAUCGAGGCCAUGUCGCGACACGAAAGCCUCCAGCCCUUCAGCAGCAAGGCCGGGAAAAUAAUGGGCGGGUCCCCAUCCUCCUCCUCCUCCUCCUCCUCGUCCGGCGGCGGCGCGGUGCUGCCGCGCUCCAUGGUGUUCCCCCACGCGCCCUCCUGCUCCUCGCGGAUGGGCUUCUCCGCCCUGCUGGAGAAGGGCGGCCCGGCCGACUCGCCGUACGGCCCGAUGGGCUCCAAGAGCCAGCGUGUCCUGGCCAGUCCCACCUCCACCAGCCAGCUGAGCUCUGAGUUCAGCGACUGGCACCUGUGGAAGUGCGGCCAGUGCUUCAAGACCUUCACCCAGCGCAUUCUGCUGCAGAUGCACGUGUGCCCGCAGAACCCGGACAGACCGUACCAGUGUGGCCACUGUGCUCAGUCCUUCUCCCAGCCGUCGGAGCUGCGCAACCACGUGGUGACCCACUCCAGCGACCGGCCCUUCAAGUGUGGCUACUGCGGACGAGCCUUCGCCGGCGCCACCACCCUCAACAACCACAUCCGCACACACACCGGCGAGAAACCCUUCAAGUGUGAGCGGUGCGACCGGAGCUUCACGCAGGCCACUCAGCUGAGCAGACACCAGCGGAUGCCCAACGAGUGCAAAGCCAUCAACGAGAGCAGCGAAUCAAUCGAGGUGGAUUAG